UUGUUCAAAUUUUGGGCUGAUAGCCCUGCUAGGCCUUUCCCGCACAAAAAUCCCGACUUCUUCUUCUCUCCUCCCGAGUGUUUCAUUCAGACAGCUCGUAGCGAUUCCGAGUUACUGCACGAAAUUCAUCCAAAUCCAACACCGCCAUGGCGUCUGGUCCUCGGACUGCUGAGCGCCUGUGUGACUCCGGAACCGACGAGCAGACCGUCGCGCUACGGAAGAAGCGGUUGCGCCGCGUCAGCUUCGCCGAGGUUGAGAUCACUUCCGUCCACGUCUUUGAGCGCGACGAUUACGGCGAGACUCCACCGACCGACGAUGGCUCAACGAAGAACCAGACUCCCGAGCCGGAGAACGAGGUGCUAGGGUUUUUCAAGGAGCUUGCGGAUGGCAACGACGAUUUGGGAGAGUCUUCGUUCUAUGGCGGCGAUGGCGAAGAGGAAGAUGUUGAGGAUGCCAGUGCUCGGAAGUCGUUUCUGCAGCCGACGGAGUCUCCCGGGAGUAGCAUUUUCGGUUCCGCUACUUCAAAUGACGUGGAUAACUUUUUCGGUCCUGUAUCGGCCGAUUUCAUUAGACCUGGACGCUUGUCAGAUUCGGGUGAUUCGACUGAUAAUAAUCAUGAAAUCACGAUGGACUCGACAGCAUUUUCCAUGCAUUUCCGCAGUCUCGUUAGGUCGGAAUCAGGGGAUCUUAGUACUCCUACUAGAGUUGGACAUGGCUUUGGAGAGAAAACCCCUUCCAGCUUAGCCACCCCUUCCAAUCCGGGGAGUCUUAUGAAACUUACAAUGGCCAAGAAGCUGCCAGUUUUUACCGAUACCGUGGAUAAAUCUAGUGGAGGUGGUGACACAAAUGCCAUGAGUCUUGUCGGUGAAGAUGCUCCUAGCUAUGAUUACGGGAGGCUAUCUCCUGAUUUGGAGGCUAUUUUAGGUAAAGGCAGCAAAGAUUUGCAGUGUGGAUCUGUAGCUGGUUAUACCAGUCCGAAUUUCUCUAAGAGGAAUGAGACUCCGUUGCAGCCUGAGAAUGGAAAGAGAGAGUUCGAUCAAAAUGAUUGUGGAGAUAAGGUGCUUGACGGAGUUGGUGCCCUUGAUGUUUCAGCUGAGAGAGUAAUCCUGGGUGAUGGUGCUUCUGCAGCCAUCCGUGGUGAGCAGAAUAAUGGUUUCCACUCACCAAGUAGAAAUGAGGUAUUGCCAGCUGAUAUCUCUAUUCGUCAACCAAUUCAAAGUCCCAAUCAUUUGACUGAAGAAAACACUCCGGAUCAGCUAAACCAGUUGCAGGGUGGAAAAUGCUACGCUGGGGCUGUGAGCAGACUAAGUACAUAUGCCGAUCUUCCUGAUCCAUCACCAAAUAAAACUAGUAAUGACCUUAAGUUGAGUUCUUUAAUGCAGCUUGAAUGUAUAAAAACUUGUCAAGGGGGUACUCAAAAGGAUCAUUCUUCCGGAGAUAGAAGAAGCAAUAUAUAUGCUGAAAGAACCGAUGAGGAUAGGCUUGGGUCCUUGUCAGCUGGGUUGGUACCCUCACUGUCAGUCAAACAGCAAAACAUGUUUAAUGAAAAUGCUAAAUCUGUUAGCACAUUGUCAUUAUUUACUCCUUCACCAAAACAGCCAGGUGCUAUUCUGGCUAAUGAGUGUAUAAAAAGUGCUGAAAUCUUUGCAUCUGUCCACAAAACUAGUUCUAGGUUGAAGGAUAGUAUCAAAGAGUCAAAAUUCCUAUUAUCCCGGAUAAAUUCGUCUACACCUUCAAUCUCAGUGUCCCCUCUCAACGGCGAUCGCAAGAAUGUUGAUAAUGCAUGGACUGGUGUCCCUGUUGCUAACUUAGACAAACACUUUUCUGUUGCUGAUACAAUAGGCAUUCGUGAGCAGGAUGCUGGUUCCAUGCAGAAUGUUCCAUCUGGAUCCUUUAGAUCUAUUGUUAGUUCUGAGAAUAUGGAAAAUGCCUCCUCUCUUGUUGGCAGUAAGGAUUCUAUACUCUACAUGACCCCAUCAAGAGUUCUUAAGGAAAAUCCUGCCCAGACAAUGCCGAAACCAUCUGACUUCUCAUCACCUAAGAUCAAAGUACGUCAUGGAAGUGAUGCUACAUCAAUUACUGUGCAUGAGAGGGUUUCUUCUCCUCCAACAAAUAGUGCGGCUCAGAAGUAUUUGCUGUAUUCAGAAAAAUCAGGUAGUCUACCAAGCCAUUUGAAGCAGCAGCAUGUUCAGCUCACCAAUCUUGCUGCUGUUGAAUUGGUGCAAGAUGCAGAUUUGAGAGGUGAUGCUGCUAGUGAUGCUCAGGCCAGUGGAAUUACUGACAAACUGGAAUCCUGGUUUACUGAAAGGAGGGAAAGCUUCAGCUCGCCUCUUGUGAUUAAUCGCUUGGAUGAAGGAGGAUAUAUAAACGAGCCAUCAAGAAUAAGGAGCCCUUGUAAAGAAGCAUUGACUGAGAGUCAAACUUUGGAAGAAGAGAACAUGAUUUCGUCUCCACAUGCCGAGGCUGUUGGUGGAAAAAAUAGCAAAAGACAAAUUGGGAUGCAGAAUUCCAAUAGUCCAGAUCCGGCACAAGAAGUUCAGAACGGUUCUGCACGGAAAAGAAAAGUUGAAGUAGUACAGGAAGAUUCACCUAUGAGUAGCAGAAUUAAGUUGGAUAGGAUAGUCUCUCCAUAUUGCAACUCUGGUGGACUGCUGAGCAACAAAGGCAACACAGCCUUCCAGAUUUCCUGCAGUCCAGUUAUAGCAAGUGAUGUAGGUGGCUCUUAUAUGUGUGAAACGAGAAAUGUCGAACAACUGAAAGGUGCUACUGAUAAGACUAGCAUGGUUAGUAGUAGCCCUGACACCCAUGUAACCAAUUUAACUAAUCCGGAGGCCAGGGUUUCAUUUUCUAAAGGCUGUAAUGGAGUAGAGAUGAUAGGAGGUGAUACAACUAUGAAGCACUCGAGGGAUAUUUCACUGGAACUUUCUACACUUAUGAAAGACUUGCUUUCUCCUUCGGUUGAUGCACUAAACAUAAAAUCGAUUGAUAUGCUGCAAGAUAUUUUGGAUUAUCUUCAGAAAGUUAAGAUGCGUAAGAUGUUUUUGUCGCAAAUUCAACAGAAAAAUUGUGAUCAGGCGAGCAAAAAAGUGCUUGAGAGGACAGCUGAAAUGAGAAAUUUGAUUUGCAAAUUAGUCUUUGAAAGGGCGAGAGUGCAACUAAUGGCUGUGAAGCGACAUAAAUUUCUGAAAAAAAGACAAAUGCUGAGCAUUGCAGUUCAAGAGUCCCAGAUGCUUAAAUCAGCUGAAGUUUUGUGCCUGCCGUUGCCUAGUAUACACAGCAAAGACAAGGUAUCCAGUGAGAAGUUGGUUGGAUUAAGGCAUGAAUUUGAAGCUAUAGAGGGAAAGCUGAAUACUUUAACUGAGCAUUUCCGUACUGAGUACAAAAUCGGAACAGAAGCUACUUGUCCUAUGAUGAUAGGAAUGGUUAAUGAUCAGCUGAAGAAAAGAAUCUGUUAUAGACGCAUAUAUGAAGGGAUCCAGUUGUAUAAAGUUCAAGAUUUGGAGAACAAGAAUGGCAUCCUCAGCAUUGUUCUCAACUACCUAGAUUUGUUCUCCCAAAGACUCACCAUAACUGCUGCUAGGACUCCCAGCUUAUUGCUCUCAACCAAGUUGAAUGAGGCAAAAAUCAGGAAGAAAUUCCCUAACAUGGAUGCUUGUGCUGCAUUUGCUUACAUUCUAAAUGCUGAGGCCACUACGAAAUAUGUUGGCUCCAGAAGUUUGGCACAGGAAACUAGAAUGGCCAGUUCAAUCUUGCACAAUCUUCUGGAUGUUGUUAAAGAAAUGCAAAAGGCAAUGAUAGAGUCCAUAAAUCUUGUUGGUGCAACAUUUUCUUCUGCUUCUGUUGAGCGGCUGGAUCUGCAACUUUCUUUUGUUAACGUCAACAGCUAUGCAAAGAUGAAUCUGAUGCUUGACAUGACUUGUUUGAAACAUGGGGUUUAUCCUUCAGACAUCAUCCCAUACAGAAUACAAGUUUCCGGGACAAAGAAGACCGAUCUAGAGUUGCUCUCAGCUCAAGCCAAAGCUGCUGUCGAUAACCUUAGAGUUGGUUAUUUCCGGAUAUUAGGGCUCUGCAGGUGUAUUUCACAGGUGAUGAGCAGUGACAGAAGCGGAACCGACUAAAACUGCAACCUUCUGUUAAAAAAGAAAAUGCUCCCUUCCCUUUCAUUAGGGUCAUUUCAUUAUCCACCCGUGAACAUCUUAUCUUUGCAUCCCCUUGAUGCUCUAUGAUAGAACAUCAUUUUCUGUUUUCUUCAGGCAGUAACUUUUGAGUGGCCCAGUUUGUUAAUAUGGUUGUCGAUGGGGUCAGUGUCUGUCUCCAGAGACCUGUGUAGUAAAAAAAAAAGUGCCCCUGGAUGGACUUAUGGUCCUGUCUAUUUUUAUGCUACUAAGAAAGUGGAGCAGUAUUGUUACUGUUAUUUGUGGUGGAUCAUUAUGCUCAUGGCUUUCUCUCACUGGCCACUCAACUACUGGCGGGGUUGUUAUCGUUAAUUGGAGGGAACAUUAUCUGUCUCUACUGUUCCUGUAUAAUUGCUUGUGUCUGUGUUUAGG